UUUCCAUCCGUGGGUCCCUCGUCUCUCCUGGCAGUGGGGCGCUGCUUAGGGCCUUCUUCCCGCCUUCCCGCAGUCCUGCUCGGUACCAUGGCCUCGGAGAAGUCGCGGCACCUGCAAUUUCAUGCUCAGGUGACAACAAAAUCAACUCGUAUGCCCUCACAAGAAUCUGCUGAUGAACAGAGAAAAAAAAAAGAAAAUCUGCGUUCUUUAAAUAUAUGUGGCCAUGUUGGUUUUGAGAGUUUGCCUGAUCAGCUGGUGAAUAGGUCCAUCCAGCAAGGCUUCUGCUUCAACAUUCUCUGUGUGGGAGAGACUGGAAUUGGAAAAUCAACAUUGAUUGAUACAUUGUUUAAUACUACUUUUGAAGACCAUGAAUCUUCACAUUUUUGCCCCAAUGUUAGACUUAAGGCUCAUACAUAUGAACUCCAAGAAUGUGACGUUCGAUUGAAACUGACAAUUGUGAAUACAGUGGGAUUUGGUGAUCAAAUAAACAAAGAAGAAAGCUACCAGCCGAUAGUUGACUACAUUGAUGCUCAGUUUGAAGCCUAUCUCCAAGAAGAACUGAGAAUUAAGCGAUCUCUCUUUAACUACCAUGAUUCUCGUAUCCACGUGUGCCUCUACUUCAUCGCCCCUACAGGCCACUCUCUGAAGACCCUGGAUCUCUUAACCAUGAAGUGCCUAGAUAGCAAGGUGAACAUUAUACCAGUAAUUGCCAAAGCAGAUGCAAUUUCUAAAACUGAGUUACAGAAGUUUAAGAUCAAGCUCAUGAGUGAAUUGGUCAGCAAUGGUGUUCAGAUAUACCAGUUCCCAACAGAUGAUGAAACUAUUGCUAAAAUCAAUGCUUCAAUGAAUGGGCAUCUACCAUUUGCUGUUAUAGGAAGUAUGGAUGAAGUACAAAUUGGAAAUAAGAUGGUCAAAGCUCGCCAGUACCCUUGGGGUGUUGUUCAAGUGGAGAAUGAGAACCACUGCGACUUCGUCAAGCUGCGGGAGAUGCUCAUCUGCACGAACAUGGAGGACCUGCGCGAGCAGACACACGCGCGCCACUAUGAGCGCUACCGGCGCUGCCGGCUGGAGCAGAUGGGGUUCCCGGACGCCCCCGAGAGCCCACCGGCCAGUCUUCAAGAAACUUAUGAAGCCAAAAGACAUGAAUUAUGUGGUGAACGCCACAAGAAGGAAGAAGAAAUGAAACAGAUGUUUAUCCAGCGAGUAAAGGAGAAAGAAGCCAUCCUAAAAGAAAGUGAAAGAGAGCUACAGGCCAAAUUUGAGCACCUUAAAAGGAUUCACUUAGAGGAGAAAAUGAAGCUUGAUGAAAUGAGAAGACUUUUGGAAGAUGAAAUAGCUGCUUUCUCCAAAAAGAAAGCUACAUCUGAGAUAUACCAGAGUCAGACCUACUUGCCAUCAAGCAGCAAUCUGAGGAGGGAUAAGGACCGAAAGAACCCCAGUUUUAUGUAAAACAAGGUUUUCAGAUCACAGAAGUUCAUCACAAGCAAAAAUCAUUAAAAUGUUAUACAUAUGUUUUGAUUUCUUGCUGUUUUUAUUUGUUGUACCACUUACUCUGUAUCUGGCAAAGGCUUCAGUUAAUGUUAUUUAUAGAAAAAAUACUUGUUUGAUGUCAAUACAUAAACCAGAGUGUAUGACAACUCAUUUACAUGUUAACUUUCGGUGGGAGGUUUUAAAUCACUGGUUUGCUGUGACUCCGGAGUGUCUCCCCUGCCUCCAGUUAUUAUUGUUUUGCAUUGACUACACCACAGCUCAGUGGCAGUGCCAUUGAUGAUUCGGAAAUCAGUUAUUUUAGGCUGUUUGGUUGCAUUUACAUUUUUAAAUGAAUGUUAUAUAUAAUAAACGUAAAAUUUGGGGAAUAUAUUUUUAAAGAUGUUCUGUGUCUAAAAUUCUAACCUCAUUUACAUUUUUAUAGAACUUUUUUGAUAGUUACCCAAUUGGUAAUAUUGCUAAGCUUUUAUAUGAAAUUAUAUAUAACAUGAUGGCUUUCUUUGCUUUAGUAUGCCUUAUUAUGGUUAAUGGAUUAAUCAAAGUGUGUUUAAAGGUUUAAAUAUAUAGGUAAAUCUUUCCUAAUGAUGAGUGCUUUUGAACCUGGCUAUAACACACUAAUGUAACUGCAUACUUUUUUAAAACUCUGUCUUCAAGUUUCUGGAUACAAAUAUAAAGUUUAAUUAUUUUCUUUAAAAAAAUAACUGAACAUCUAAAAAUUUAUGUAAAAAUAAUAAUUGCAAAAUGUAUUUGAAUUUAGUGCCUUAGUAGUAGGAUUAUCAGCAAUUUAAUAGUUCCUAAUUUUUUCUUAACAGUCAAUAAGUAUAUAAUUUUUGCAUUUUGUACUUGAGUGUUCUAAAUAAAAUGGAAUUUUACUCUUGACA